AAAUUUUAUUUCAUCAACAAUCGAUUUUCUCUGGGCACUUUAUGCAAAAUUUCCGAAAUAAAAUUUGAUUCUAGAUUUCCUCGAUAGACAAAUAAGGAAGGUGUCGGAUUUCAAGGAAGUUUCAAGGUAUAUUUAGUGUUGUAUCUAUUGUUGUUUUUAUAGCAAUGCAAACGAGUGUCGCAGCAGGGUUUGAAAUUGUCAUUAAUCUAUUUUGUCAUUAUGCAUAUAGUUAAUUUCGACCUAGGGUUUUGAUUUAUAUUGUAAAGUAAAUACUUUAUAAAGUUAGUUAUGGAUGAUAUAUGGGAUAAACUCGACGGAUAUACAAAGGUGAGUGCUUUGUUUUAGUUAAAAUCGGGUAAACUUUCGGCAAAAGUCACUCUGUGAAAAUACUGUUGCAUUCAAAUGCUUGAAUUUCGAUAGAUUGACUCGAUUUAACAAUUUCUUUAUAUGGGCCGAACAUAUGUAAUAUACCUGAUUCAAUAUAGCAUUUAUAGCAUCGUUUUAGAUCAUUAGAAGCGAUUAAAGACUUCAAAAAUAUCUGGACGCUUAACUAGCGCUUGUGAGGAUAUUUAAAAGCUUAAAAUAAAUUGGCAACUUUUGGUAAUUUCGAAUUUUAUAAUUGUAGACAUUGUAAUCAACUACGGUUUAUUAGCAUGAGGUUUUGUGGGUUUUAGCAGCGGUUCUGUUGCCUUUUGAUCACGCUAAGCGCCCCUGACCUAUCUCGGUUAACGUUUUAAACAGAAACCACUUAAAUUUUUGCUUGAGCGGUCGAGUAAAUCUAUAUAAACAAGGCAUAGUUUUGAAUUCGCUUGCGUUUUUGCAACUUUUUAUUACGUUGAAUGGCGUUUCCGAAAAGUAAACAUCUAAAUUUGGGCAAAGCUACUACGCUGAAAACCUCGCUAAAACUACGCUGAACCUAUAUUUGACCUUGUAUAUUUGACGUUUAUAAAACAAUCCAACUAAACCAAAAACAAACACUUGCAAUUUAUCUACAAAUAGGUAAAAAUGUGAGCUAGUGUAUAUAAUAUUUAGAGGGAUAAUUUAUACUUUGUGUAUAUUAUAAAAUUUGAGUUCCCGUUGGUUUAUACUCGAAAGUGCUAGAAUAAGCAUGGCAUUAGGAUUGUAUUUUUCUUCAUUCAACCGAGUAAAUUGAAUAGCAUAGUGUUUCCGAGGACAAAAGGCAACUUGUCAAGAGUCUUAAAAGAAAUUAAAUUGAUUUAUAUAAUUUUGGCCAUUUCCUUUUGUGAUGCAAACUCAUUAGUAAUUCGAUCAUCCAAGCGCGGAUUAAUUCUGGUUUUGGGUGACUUAACAUGUCUCUCCUAAACAUGUGUUUUGUGUAUUCAGUGUGUUAAAUGUGAAUUUUGUUAAUAGUUUUGUUAAAAAUGUUGGAGUAUUUAUGUAUUUUGUUGUAUAGCAUUGGAGUUUGCACUGAAUGAAAUUAUAUGAAAGGUUACAAUUUAAAUAAUUUACCAAUGAAUUAACCCUUGCAAUUUGGUCUUAACCAAUCAGAAUACAGAGACUUGUCAUGCAUUGGGGUGAAUGCAUUGGGGCAUGUAUAUUUUGACAAGUGAUUAAUCCAUACAUAGAGUCUUGCCAGCCUCUCUACCUAAUUAUCUUUAAUGACAAGCUUUCGGCUCUCAGACUAUAUAGCCAAAAGCUAAUCUUCAUUAAAAAUAUUUUUGGUCAGAGAAAGUCUGAAUUUUAAUACUUGGAAAGUUUAAUUAAGGCCCAUCUGCAUAUAGGCCAUAUGUAUUUGAAUAAAUGCACAUAAAGAUGCCACAUUUCACCAUAAACUAAUGAACAUGAAUAGUUGACAUCCGCUGUCGUUUUCAUAUUCCAGAAUGACAAUCAUAUACAACUAGUCGUGCCAGUCCAGAAGCAGUUCAAAGGGGCUGCAAAAUCCAAGAGAAAGAAUAUAUGUGAUGCACAUUAUAUUUAAGAUUAUACAGUGAACACACAUCUACUCACUGUAGCAUGAGGGGGUAGGGUUAGGACCUGCUGAAUUAAGUUAUAUUUGCCAAAACUGUAGUCAUGAUAAAUUAUUUUUCUCUAGAGUGAUUAUCUGUACAGCAGUGAUGAUGAAGGUCAUGAAACUUACUUUGAACAAACAGAGCAUCUCUACAUAAGCACUAAGGUACUCACUGUAGUUUAGGGAAAAAAGUAUUGAUUCAAUCAUAGUAUAUACUUUUACAACUUUUACACUGGAACCCCAUUCCACAAAGGAUGGAAUGUAUUAACGGGGUACCUUUAUAAGAAAAUGUAUUGCCUUGGCAUUUUUCGGGGACAAAAAUAAGUGACUGUAAUAAAGAGGUGGCCAUAUUAACGGAGUGGCCCUAAAUUGGGGUUCCACGUACUGUGCAUGAAUUCUUUGCAUAAUACUCAUAUUAAUCAUUGAUCCUCUCUUCUUUCUAGAAAUUUCAUACAACUGAAGGUAAGCCUGAAAAUUAUAUUAUUUUUCAUUCCCUGGGAAAGUGUGCCAGUUCUUAGAUCUGGCACAAUCCUGAGAUAGGGCCUAUACUUAAAUACUUGUUGCCCACCAAGAAAUUCCUUGUAUUUUGGUUGGCCACGCCACCCAUGUGUUAAUUACAAAAUACUUCUUCAUCUAUAGCAGUUGAUGACGAAAGUUUGUGCAGUGAUGAUGUAGAGCCACAACAGGAGAUAGUUGAAGAAAAACAAGAAAUACAAAGAAAUAUACAUGAAAGUUUGCUGGAUGAAAUGAAAAAAAGUGAACUACACAACAGUAGUGAAACAAGAAAUGUCCAAGAAAAAGUUGACAAGAUGUCUGCAGAAAAAUCUCAACAGAAAGAAGAGCUAAAUGAAAUGCAACACACGGCACAGGUCUGUGGAGAGAGAAUAGGGGGAUUAGACUGGGUUUUUUUAAAUAUAAUUUUGCCCCAGUUUGUCUCAUCUCCAUGUCUGCUGUUCAGCAUAACAUGUGCACAUGAAGGUUAUCUCCCCAUAUUUUGCACACAAACAUGUUUCUACUGAAUCUUGACCCCAAUUGCAUACCUACCUGUAACCCUUUUCGGCCUAUUGUGCAUGAAACAUGACAAAAUAACAACAUGAAAACGAGAUGAAGAGACUGGUUUAAUAUAUUUUCUAUUCACUAGGUCAUCAGCAAGAGUGCUCGAAUGUCAGCCACAGAUGUUUUAUCAACCAUUACAAACAGUGAAACAAUUGAUCAUGAGGACAGUGGACGAAUGGUAAAACCACGGUCACUAUAUAGAAUGAGAGGAAAACUACUAAACAUCCUGGAUUAUCAAUCAGCUCUGUUUUUUCUAACUUAUAAUAACUUUUUAAUCUUACCAAUUUUUGUAUAGGAUGAAUAUUAUGAGAGAAUUAGAUCAACUGAUACUGGUGAUGGCCCUUCUGAGCAGGUACACUUAGGGACAUAAUGUACAAAUGUGCUUAUAACCCUGUCUAUACUAUUUACAAUAUGAGGGGCUGUGUUGUACCAGAUACACAAACUCUUGUCGGAAUAAAUGGCUUGUGAACAUCUUGAUGAGAACAUUCAUAUUCUUCAACAAUUUAAAUUAAAUGAAUGAUAUUUGGUGAGAAAAUUUUACUGUAAAGUUUAUGUAAAACAGCAUGAUUUCUGUAUCAGAUAUACAAACUCCUUCACGCUCAUGAUUUCUUUUGUGUUUUCGUCAUGAAUUAUUAAUGAGUUUCACAAAUUUAUUUGCAGUCUCCCAUAUGUGAACUCCAUUUAUUACAUUUGCAGGAUGCUCGUGAAAACGAAAGAAAAUCAUCUCCAUCUGAUGUGGAUUUACCCAGCAUUGCGCCAGUAAGUUUAAGUUAAAAGGGGGUGUAGUAGGACACAUUGCAUCUUGGUUAAUGGUUCUCGUCAUCAUGGAAAAAUUUAUUUCUUGUGACCAAUACCACUAUAUUUCCGUAGCUGUCGACGCCGCUCAACAUAGGAGUUAUGAAGAGUAAAGCAAGCGUAGCUCGACAAGGCUCAAUGAAGACAAGACGUAAACCUACUACGGUGAAGAGAAAGAGCUGGACGCCAGGAAUGGAUGAAUUUAUACGUGAACAGGAUGAAAUGAUUGUGGACGACGCACAAGACAAUGAACAAGGGUAAGCUAAUUUUACUUUACAUCAGAAUGCAGUACUUAUAGGCGUGGGACAGAAAUCAAACCAGGUUGUUGUGUAUUUUACAUCAGACCAGGUUAUUGUGUAUUUUGAAAGCACCAUCCGAUGUGACAACAAUUUUGUCUCCUGGGCCGGUUGUUCCAAAGCUGGUUGGCUUAACCCUUGGUUAACCUAAAAUCCAAAGCAAACUUCCAAACAGCUUGUUUAUAUAAAUUUGGAAAUAUUUCUUCAGAAAUCUUGUCUGGAUCAACAGGAAUUUUCUUCUUCUAACUAAAACGGCGAGUUAAAUUUUAAUCCAGGGUUUAGCUCUAAUCCAGGGUUUAGCUCUAAUCCAGCUUUGGACAACUGUCACAACUGGGGUCGCUAACCCUUGGUUAAAUUUUAACCCGCUGCUUUGGGUACAUCUGCAAAUAUGUUUAUUUCAAAACUUUAGAAAAUAAUACUUCUAUUGAUCUGGACAAUAUUUCUGGAAAAAUAUCUCUCUGUUUAUAGACAAACUGAGCAGCACUGCACGUAGUUUGUCUUUCUAACUUUACUGUGAAAUCAUCUAAAUCUAAGAAGCGGUGCUUUAAAUGUACAAACUCCGUGCUUCUCUAGGGACACAUGGGUUACCACGAAAGCUGAGAAUGAAGGUGAACCUCGGACUGGUUUGAUCACACCAUCGGACUCGAGUUCGGAGGAUGAAAAAGAAGUGGUGAAACAACAUCUCCGUUCUGGCGUUGCUCUGCCAGGCUUGGGUGAUGCGCUGAAAAUACAGAUGACACGUUCUGAACUCAAGGUAAAGCUGGUGAACUUUUGGAGAAACUAAAAUAAUAGAUAGCUUGUAGAUAGCUUCUAUACGUUCUGUUAAACUGUUCUCCCCAGCGAUCCAGUGAGAUCCGUGUCUUUCUCGGUGCCGUUUUACUAGCCAUGGCAACUGGUCAUGCUAUGCUAAUACACAUACAUCUAAAUAGGUUAAAGAGUGAAGACAAUACAUUUUUACUGUCGUUCCAAUUGAAGUGCUGCUCAAAUAUUGAUUCAAUACAUUACCUCGGGCUGACCAAUUCAUUUGAUCAAGUUCCUCGAGAUAUUCAUACACUUCCUGUGAAAGAGCCAAUUCCAAGUAUUUGAUCAUUUCUGGUCCCUUUCUAUUUAUGAUUGGUUAGUUGCACAAACAACAAAGGUGAUUGGUGCAUUCAAACUAUUCAACAGGAAGUUUACAAUUAUACUAGGAAGUGUAGGAAUAUCUCGAGGAACUUGAUGAAAUGAAUUGGUCAUCCCGAGGUAAUGUAUUGAAUCAAUAUUUGAGCAACACUUCAAUUGGAACGACAGUAAAGAUUUGAAUAAUGCAAAUCAUUAAAUAUUUUCCUAGGCUUCGCCACUGGAUUGGUCGGAGUACCUGGAGAAAACCUGCAGUGCUUGGUAGAGUCCAACUGGAAGCACUAUUCUCGCAUGUGACUGAGAUGAAAUUAUAGUCAGACAACUGCAUAUUGCAGAAAUUAAACCUCAGUCACAGAGGUGGAAGUCACACAAGAGACUGGCCACACAUGUUUUUGUAUCUUAAUAGUUGCAAGCAGUAUAAGUAUAUCAUGCUCCCACUGCCUUUUUUGACAGUCACAAAAUAUUUCCUUUCCAGCGUCCGACAGCCCUAAGUCUUGCGAAAACCGCCAAAGAUGCGAAGGAUAACGAAGUGACAAAAGAAGACAAACUCGAGACAUCGCCAAGCAAACCUCACUGGAUGAAAGAAAUGGAGGAACGCAAAAAGAAACAACCCAGAGCUGCUCCUCAGAGAAGACACAAAACCUUGCCUGCACGAUGUUCUGAACUCGACACACUUUUCGAACAACGAAAACAAGUACAAUCAACUGAAGAUCCCACGAUCCAUGGAUCUAGGCCCGCAAGUCGUCCCGGUGAAGAUAUUGAUCCGGAGCUACAAAAAAUGUUUGAAAGAAGAAAAAACUUAACACCGUUGGAAGUCGAAGGGGAUGGAGGUGCUAAAGAAACUGAAAGACCAACGAGUUUUCACGGCGAUCAGAUUGAUCCUCAAUUAAGUAAAAUGUUUGAGAAAAGAAAAAAUUUAACGCCUUUGGAAGUCGAAGAUGGGAGUGUUGAUAAAGAUAUAGAAAGACCUAAAAGUUUUCAUGGCGCUCAAAUAGAUCCUGAACUUAGUAAAGUGUUUGAAAAAAGGAAAAAUUUAAAACCGUUGGAAGUCGAUGGUAACACCUCCGGCGAAGCCGGUGUUGUAAAAGAAAUAGAAAGGCCAAAAAGCUUCCACGGCGAUGAGACGGACUCGGAGUUGAAUAAGAUGUUUGAAAGACGAAAAAAUCUCAAACCAGUUGAAGGGAGGGCGACUAAUAGAGACAACGACGACGCCGAUCAAGUUUUUAAACCAAGAAACGUUCACUUACAAAACAGCCAAGCGACCGAGUUGGAUAACGUUUUCGAGAAGCGCAAGCACCUGCGACCUGUGGAAGGAAUAAGGUCACCACAAGGUAGGUGUGAUGAAUCGUCAGCUGUCGGGAGCUCUUCGGCUGAUCUUCGUCAGACAUCCGGAAUUGUUCGUGCAAGAUUUCAUGAUAGCAAACUAGAACCUUUGCCCGGCCGAGGUGAGGUGAAAGUGGCGACUGUUUCCGAGGUGGAGGUGAGAACUGCACGGCAAGUUCACGAGAGCAGACGAAGGAUUUCACCUGAGACAAGUGGGGCUCAAGUUGGUAGAGGGCCAACUCAUGCGAGUGUUGGUCAGGGUGGGCCCUCCAAACCCCCUCACCCACCCACAAGUGGGGCUCAAGUUGCGGAGUUUGUUUUCGAUGGUAGAGGCGCCUCACACGCCACUGUUGGUCGUAUACCAGGUCCAAGUGGCAACUCCAAGACACCCUCUCAUCCACCUGUACGGGAACAAGGCAACACCAGACAGGACGGCGCACACGUUGCGGCAAACCAGCGUGGGAACUUCAACCCUAUUGGUCAACAGCAACGUGUAUCACCUGGAGAAAGGCAUGUUGGACCAGAAACUACCGGAGCACAUGUGGCCCAGUUUGUUUUUGAUGGCACCGCUGCUGCAUCGCAUGCGACCGUGGGUCGAAUACCAGCUGGAGGAAAUCAAAGACCUGUUCAUGGGGAUCAGCCCCAAGAUCGUGGUACUCGUAAAACGUCGCCGCCAAGAGUCGACAGUUAUUCUGAUCACGUGAUUGCUGCACCUGACGCCCACGUUGUUGAUUCGCGUGAUGUCAACACGAAGCAAGCAGUAAUUUCUCCCACAUCAUCGAAAUACGACACGCGAAAUUUCAUAGAACAGCUUUCUCGGAAAUCAGUUUCUGGAAAAACACAAACUCAGGGUAAGUCUGUAUCAAAACCAUCAAAAUCUCGUCCGGGGGAUAACCCUCCGGAACAUAGGCCCACCAGCUUAAACAUUGAACAGGGAAAGCAGCAAGGGAACAAGGAGUAUCACCCACCUCGCAGAUCUCAUCACGGUGACCUGCAACCUCAGAGGAAUAAUAUACCCCACUCACAAUCCCAUACCUCCCCACCUGAGAAACCCCCUCGCUGUAACCUCCCACCCAUAAAUAGCCCACCUUCCCCACCCUCCCAAGGUUCAGACCUUAGAUCACUACCCCACUCACUCUCGUACCCUCCAAAUUCCCAGUUCUCAAAUCACCCACCGUUAAAUGCUAGAACGUCUGACCCCCGGCUGCUUUCACAUUCCCCACACUCUCCCAAAGCACCCAAGGAAGGUAGGGUUACCUCGCCCCGCACUGUGAGAGUGCGGGAAGUUACAAGUCCUGUGAGGGAUGUGGAUUCUGAGCCGAGAGACGGAAGGAGAAUGAAUACUUCUACAAACGUAGGGGAUAUGAGACAUUCUGUGGGAAAUACGGCGAGUGAAACUGAGUUUGUAAGAAACAAAACUAUGCGGAAUAGUGGGGAAAUUGAGGGAUCCGCUAAUGGAGUAAGAAAUGAUGUGAAACAAGACGGUUUUGCGAGGUUACGGAAUGAUGAAAUGUAUGUUAAUCGUAAUCCCGACUCUAAUGGCCAACAUGAUAAAGGAGCGGGGAAGAGAAUGAGAGGUCGAAGUCCUAACAGGUCUGAGCGUCUAAAACUUCAGAAGGUCAAAAGUUCUGAUAGAUCCGACGAUCAAAUCCUUCAUAAGGUUCGAAGCCCUGAAAGAUAUGACAACCAAAGGAACAGGAGAGAUCGAAAUUCUCAAAGUGAUCAAAAGAUACUUCAAAGUUUUGAUACGUCUGGUUAUGAGAAGAUAAAUAGGUUACGAAGUCCGGAAAGAUCAGGCAAUCAAGAGAUUAAGGGGAGUAAGAAUCGUGACCAAUCAACUGAUGAAAGGAGAGUUAAAAGUCCUGAAAGAUCAGACGGUCGAAGAAUGACGAGGUCUGAUAAUCCUGACAAAUCAAGCUUGAAUAGUAGGCUUCAAAGCUCUGAAGGCGAUCCAAGGCUUAACAGGGUCCGAAGUCCUGAACGAAUGCGUGAUCAGAGAAUCAAUAGAGUCCGAAGUCCUGACAGAUCAGGCGAUCAAAUGAUUGGUAAGCUUCAACAUCCUCAGAGAUCAAAUGGCGAAAGGAAAAGUAGGCUUGCAAAUGCGGAGAGACCCAAUGCUCAAAGGGAUGACCGUGCUUUAAGGGUUCGAGACUCGCGUUCCCCUUAUAGAAAUUCCCCUGUGGGACACGAUAUUUUAAAUAAAAGAAACGGCGAUAACGGUUACUAUAACAAUAAACCAAACAUUUCGCAUGCAAUUCCUAAUGGGGUACAGAAUGACAAGAACUUUGAGAACCGGACGAGGGGAAUGAAAACCCCUGUCACACAAAGGAGUAAUAUUUUAAGUCGUGAAAGUGUUGAACGUCCUAAACCGGUAACUGUGACUGUAUUGUCUGUGUCUGAGAGUCCUGUGUGUGUCAAGUCUCCUGUGAUUGGGCGAGCGCUGUCACAUGACAGGGAUAAUAUGGCGUAUGGUGAGUGUAUGGUUAAUGGUAAAGUGAAUGGUGAUGUCGGGAGGCGGGGAGUUAGAGCUGAGAGAGCAAGCAGGUUUGGUAAGUUAUCGAGUAAUAAUGUUCAUCACGACAUCCCACUCUAUUCUAUCAUUACUUUGUGUACUUUUACCAAACCAACACCGCUAUAGCAUCCUUCCAAACAUAAUCCAUCACUUUCUCCUUUGCCCUGGUUCCCAUCUCGCAAACUCGUCAUGUUCCGUUUUCUUCAUGUGCCCAUACCAUGUAUUCAAACUCGUGCCCAGGGUCUUCUUGGUAUGACCGUGGGCACGAGGUUGACCAUCUAUUUUCUCGUAUCUCCCAGUUUCACUACCUUCCAUUUCUUCCUAUAUGUUUUGGCUUCUCAUUCUUACACUACCAGAGUUUCUGUGAUCACAGUAGAAAUUUUGCACAGGUAAAUUCUAAGUUUUGAAGGAUUUGUAAGAAAUGUUUGAGGGAACUGACUCGGUGUCAAACAUUGAGACAGUUCCCUCAAACAUUUCUUACAAAUCCUUCAAAACUUAGAAUUUACCUAGAUGCAAAAUUCCUACUGUGAUCACAGAAACUUUGAUAGUGUAAACCAGGCUUUCGCCUUUUGUCUGGGUUUUAAACACAGGACGAGCUUUUUGAGCGAAUGUGUCCUGACUAUAGAUGAUAAAGGCAUUAAUAAGUACUUGUUUAUGUUAUGUGUUAAUAUCAUCACGUUGCCCAUCCAUUUACCAAAUUGUGAAAUGUGUUCUGAAUCUGUUUUUACCUGAAGAUGUCCAAAGCUCUGAGUCACCCGCCGUACCAAAAUGGAAACAGGAAUUACGAGAGAAGAAACGUUUACAGAAAGAAAGACAGGGAGAAAGACAGAAAGAUAACAUUCAACCUCAACAGUCAGGGGUAAGAUUGGACGGUAUUAAACCGUUUUUUCGCUAGAGGAACCGUAAGGAACGACCCUAAGACCCUUACUGGACCUCUAUGGAGAACAGUUUAGAACUGAUAGAGCCAUCCAGUAUAAAUAACGUUAGGUUUAGUUUAGGUUUCCUCCUGUAGUAACACUGGAUCAAUGGGAGAUGAUCCUUACUGGACCUCUAGGGGGAAUAGUUUAGAACUGAUAGAGCUAUCCAGUAGAAAUAAAGUUAGUUUAGUUAGGUUUCCUCCUGUAGAAACACUAGAGUGAUAAAGGAUAAAAUGUAUUGGACAUCUAGGAAGUCCUGACAGAACUAUCCAGUAUAAAUAAAGGUAUAGUGUAGAGGUUAAGGCAAGCAUGUUUGGCACUCUUCACAUCACAAUGUGUGUUGUUUAGAAUGACAUGGCUGAAUGGCAGAAAAGACUGAAGGGAAUUAGGAAGACGUGGGGAACUGAAGAGAGUGAAGAUACCACUGGAAGUGACGAUGGUCAAACAACAUCACAGGGUGAUCAUGUGACUAGAUCAGAUGAAGAUGAACAAAAUGUUCCAGGAUUUUUAAAAGAAUUUCAUCAGAAAAAGAACAAGCAAAAUGUCAAAGGUAUCAUUACAAGUAUUUUUUAUUAAUUGAUUAAUGUCGUGAUGAAAUUUAUUUUUUGAUCUUAAUUAAGCUGCAAUUUAUUUAUUUCAGAUGAUAAGCAAGACACGGAAACACUUGUCUAACAUUCACGUUCCUAAAAAUCAAACCAACAGAAAAUAUUUUUAUACAAUUGUGUAAAAUCAGUGUAUGUAAGACAAACGUUAUGCUUACAUCAUAUAAUAUUUAUUCUCUAUAUUGACCUGGCAAAAAAGCCAUAAUAUAUAACAAGGUAUAUUAUAUAUUUGUACAACAUAUUUUAUACGACAUGCUCGAUGUUUGUAGUAUGGAUUUUUAAUGAAAGGUUUUAUUAAAACCAAUUUUGAUGUGUUAAUUUGAUUGCUGAAUAUGUUAUAAUUGCUUGUCUUGUUAUAAUGCUCUGCUUGCGCAACUUUAAAAUAGACUGAAUCCUGACAGUGUGAAAAUUUAUUUACAUCAGAUAUAUUUUACAGAAUAUUUUCUUAAUUUCUUCAUAUUAUUCCAGAUUACAAAUGUCUAUAACACAACUUGCACACAAAAAGAAUUUCUUGAAGUUUAAAUGUGUACGAAUUCUUAAAAUGCUAACUACUAUGAUCACAUCUUGUGCAUUCCAAUGUUAUAUUCCAAAUUUUAAUUGCAUUCAAAAUCUAUUACGAAAUGUCUAUCGGAAGCUUGGCAGACUUUCGAAUGUGUAUCCUCUCCAACCCUUUGUUGCUCUGUAGAUAUACACCGUGUGAUAAGCUAUUGAAGAAAAAUUUCAUGUUUAAUAUAUAGAAAAGUUAUGCAUGUUGCUGAAAUGUUUAGAAUGUAAAACAUGUGGAACAUAUACCUCCAGGAAGAAUACAGACUGCUGCACACACAAAAAAUA